GCUGAAUUGUAAUUUUACACCUUCUCUUCAGUGAACUCCAUAAGGCUAGGGUUUUUUCAUCCGCCCGCCUCUCCUGCUGCUCCCUGGUGCCGCUCCAACUCUGAUUUUGCCUCUUCCUUCGUAUCGGAGAAACUCUAUCCGAUUACAGAUGGUCGGAGGCUUUGAAGUUGGAGCUGUUCCCUACAACCCAGACGGUUGGGGUCCGCCGGACUCUUCCGAUUCUCUCGUCGCUUCCUCCAACCUCCCUCUCAAUGUUCCCUUCGCUCCCUUCUCUCGCUCCGAUAGGCUUGGCCGGAUCGCUGAUUGGACCCGAACUAUGAAUAACCCUGGUCGCCCCAAGACUGCUUCCGAUUCCGUCUUCGACUUCACCAAUGACGAUUCCUUCCCAGCCAAUGCUGACGAGGACAUGUCCUUCCGUUUGGUUGAUGGAAAGCCUCCUCCGCGUCCCAAAUUUGGCCCUAAAUGGCGAUUCAACCAACAAAGGACGCAGCUACCUCAGCGCCGUGACGAAGAAGUUGAAGCUCGGAAGCGCGAGGCUGAGAAGGAGCGGGCUCGCCGUGAUCGUCUUUACAACCUCAAUAGGUCUAAUGUCAAUGCCCCCCGUCGUGAAGCUGCUGUUUUCAAAUCCUCUGUGGAAAUUCAACCCGAAUGGAACAUGCUUGAUCAGAUUCCCUUCUCCACGUUCUCGAAGCUGUCCUUCUCUGUUCCUGAGCCCGAAGACCUUCUUCUGUGCGGCGGGCUAGAGUUCUAUGAUCGUGCAUACGACCGAAUCACUCCCAAGAACGAGCGCCGCCUUGAGCGCUUCAAGAACCGCAACUUCUUCAAGGUAACUACUACAGACGACCCUGUCAUUCGUCGUCUUGCAAAUGAGGACAAAGCCACAGUUUUUGCUACCGAUGCCAUCCUUUCUUCCCUUAUGUGCGCAACCAGAUCGGUUUACUCCUGGGAUAUUGUGGUUCAGCGUGUUGGGAACAAGCUUUUCUUUGAUAAGAGGGAUGGGUCGCAACUUGAUUUGCUUCCCGUCCACGAGACAUCUCAGGAACCCUUGCCAGAAGCGAAGGACGAUAUCAAUUCAGCUUACUCACUGAGUGUUGAAGCUGCUUACAUUAAUCAGAACUUCUCGCAGCAAGUUUUGGUUAGAGACGGAAGUAAGGUGGCCUUUGACGAGCCAAACCCAUUUGCAAAUGAGGGUGAGGAGGUCGCUUCUGUUGCUUAUAGGUAUAGGAGGUGGAAGCUCGAUGAUGACAUGUAUCUUGUGGCGAGGUGUGAGGUUCAAAGUGUUAUGGAGGUUAAUAAGCAAAGAUCAUUUUUGACUCUGAAUGCUCUUAAUGAAUUUGAUCCCAAAUAUUCUGGUGUCGAUUGGAGGCAGAAAUUGGAGACACAGAGGGGUGCUGUGUUGGCCACUGAGUUGAAGAACAAUGCUAAUAAAUUGGCAAAAUGGACAGCUCAAGCUCUGUUGGCUAGCGCAGAUAUGAUGAAGUUGGGGUAUGUCUCUAGGGUUCAUCCUCGCGAUCACUUCAACCAUGUCAUCUUAGCCGUUGUUGGAUAUAAACCUAAGGAUUUUGCAGCUCAAAUUAACUUGAAUACGUCUAACAUGUGGGGUAUUGUUAAGUCUAUCGUGGAUUUGUGCAUGAAAUUGAACGAAGGCAAGUAUGUUUUGGUCAAGGACCCAUCGAAACCACAGGUUAGGAUCUAUGAGGUUCCUGCAGAUGCAUUUGAGAAUGAUUAUGUUGAGGAGCCACUGGCUGAGGAGGAUCAAGUGCAACCACCAGGAGAAGAUGAAAAUGGUGUCACUGUUAAUGCGGGGACGGAUGAUGCAGAAGAGAAGGUUGAUGCUGCUUCUCAAGCUUAAGUCACAGCAGCAUUCAUUCGACUUGCUUGAGGAAGUUAAAACUCUAACCUUUUGUGUCUUUUUGUUCCCUUUCUUUUAUGAGAUUAUCAUUUUGGUAUUGGUUUUGGUUUUGGAUUCCUGCAAGCAUAAUACACAUUGCUCGAGUAACUUUCAGUUGUUAAAACGUUUUGCUAGCUAUAGCUGGUUAUGCUAUCCUGGAAAUUUUGAACAUGAGUUCUUUCCAUCAGUCAUAUAUAUAUAUAUAUAUAUUUGUAUUGAGACAUAGUUUCUUGUGGAUUCUCGUUUUGAAUAAGUUAGUCUGCCAAGGAUUUGCUUGAUA